CAUUAUUCUGAAACAAAUUAUUAUGCAGAAAAACAGAUACAAUCUUUGUGUCAUCAUCAUAAUGCAGUUAUUCACGUAUCGUUAAUGCUGAGAAAACUGAUAUCUUUGAAUUUUAGUUUAACAUAUAUUAUCAGUGUUUUUCGGUUUUGUUGCAUAGCUAUUAUGAUGAUUUCAAUACCAUCGACAACUUUGUUGGAAGCAUUUCUAAUGAUUAUGUACGCGUCCGGUGGAGUAGUACAGCUUUACAUAUUCUGUUCUUGUGUGCAACAACUAUUAGAUGCGAGUAUUGAAAUAACGGAUCAAGCGUUUCACGAGGGAUGGUACCAAUUUAAAUCUUCUAUAAAACGAAUGUUCAUGUUUAUGAUAAUGUCUAAUAAUUUAGAGCUAAAACUUUCAACAUUUGAAAAAUAUAAUUUGUCUCUACCCUCAUUCAUGGUGAUCUUAAAUCAAUCUUAUUCCAUCGCGCUAUUAUUAUUAAAAACUAAUUGACAAACGAAGAUAUAGUUUAUA